AUGGACGCCUUUCAGCAAUACCACUGCUCUCCCGAAACGAUAUACAACCCUACCGUCUCAGCUGAUGUAUCUUCUUACUUUGUCCGACCCAACAAAGUCGUCAAACCGAGUAGCAGGAACAGCAGUCCUCGGACAUUGGGGCGAAGGAAAACGAUGACUGCCGCCGCCACUUCGUCCAGAACUCGAUCUGUUGUCGACCAUCUCCGGUCCAGCACACAAUGGCAGAAUACGGAGGUACCUCGCUCGCGACCGGUCAGCUGGCAUCCUAGUUCCUUCGAGGCAUUGAACUCUACAUUCAACCCGGUUACCAAUGAGAUGGACUUGUCUACUUGGGAUUUCUCGACGGCUCAAGUCCAUGGCCUCGUGACGCCUAUCUCUUACCCGUCCAUGACCGAACCCCAGAUCCAAGAACCCUUCACGCCUCUUGAUGAGCUUUCCACCCGAGAUCCGGGUUUGGUCUAUGAGAAUCAACCCUACCUCGAAUCUAUGUGGCUCGGCCAAGAACAAGCCAAGUCCAACUCGACCUCCUUUUCGCUCUAUCCUCAACAAUCUUUUGUACAGCCGGCGUGGGGUUUCAACCAACCUGUCAUGGCGCCAAAUGUUCAAACGGCGCCGUCUUCCCCGGACUGCCUCCCACUGCAGAAUUUUGGGCUUGACACGUUAUCGCUUGGUAACACCGAUUCGAAGCUGAAGGAUAACGCGGAGGAAUUGGUCGGCAUGGGGUUGUACGAUUCACCUGCAGAAGUCCAAUCAUCAAGCUUGCUCUUUGGUGGUUCCGCAGGCUCAGGCAGGAAAGGGUUGAAGCUGGAAGAGUCAUUUGAACCGGCCGAACAGGAAGACGAAGAGGAGGAAGACGACACAGAAGAUGCCGAGGAGGAUGAGACUGGACUCCAGGACGCCCAGCAGGAGGACGAAAACAGUGGCCAGUUGUGGGAUAACUCUGACAACGCCGAAUACAAGGCACAGUCUAUUGCCGACCACUUGACAUUUGGGAUGCAAGCACAGCCGGAUUCCUUAGCGAUGAAAUAUCUUUCGACACUCAGGCAGCUUAACAGCGCCUAUUACCCCUCUGGGCAGUCUUAUGGUUGGGCUUGA